AUGAAUCCCAUCAUUAAUUUAGUCAGUCUUAUUUGUAUUUCUUGCUGCCGUCCCAGGCGCCGCAGUAAAUGGGACCAGCCGGGCCCCGGCUCUGGCUCCAGCGGGAUGGGGGAGGCGGAGGCUGCGCCCACCGGGGCUCUGGAUGCUGCAGCCGCCGUGGCUGCCAAGAUCAACGCCAUGUUGGUGGCCAAAGGCAAACUCAAACCCUCACAGAUAGGCAUCCCUGGACCAGCUGAGAAGGUUUUGGGCGGUGGAAAGCCUUCAGUGCCUCCAAAAGCUAAAGAUGACUUGGUUGUAGCAGAAGUGGAGAUCAAUGAUGUCCCAAUCACCUGUCGAAACCUGCUGACCCGGGGGCAAACGCAAGAUGAGAUCAGUAAAGUGAGCGGCGCAGCGGUCUCAACCAGAGGGCGCUACAUGGCAGCCGAGGAGAAGGGCAAAGCACUUCCAGGGGAUCGACCUCUUUACUUGCACGUCCAAGGACAGACACGGGAGCUUGUCGACAGAGCUGUCAAUAGAAUUAAAGAAAUAAUCACCAACGGUGUAGUAAAAGCUGCAACGGCUUCAUCAUCCGCCUCAUCUUUCUCACCGGGCGGGGCCUCAGUCACAGUGUACCACCAACACAACCCACCUCCACCCACGCUGCCCCCAGUGAACAACCACAAACCUCACUUCCAAUCAGGGAUGCAUUAUGUCCAAGAUAAGGUUUUUGUGGGCCUGGAGCAUGCUAUUCCAGGGUUUGUGGUCAAAGAGCGAGUGGAGGGCCCUGGGUGUUCAUACCUGCAGCACAUUCAGGCAGAAACUGGAGCCAAAGUCUUCCUCAGAGGAAAAGGAUCAGGCUGUUUAGAGCCUGCGUCUGGGCGCGAGGCCUUUGAACCAAUGUACAUUUACAUUAGUCACCCUAAACCAGAGGGACUCGCAGCAGCUAAAACCUUGUGUGAGAAUCUGCUUCAGACGGUCCAUGCGGAGUAUUCUCGAUAUCUUAAUCAAAUGAGCACGAUGAUGCCAACGCAACAAGGCUUCGCACAGCCUCCAGUAGUGAAUGGGAUACCUCCCCAACCUCCUUACUACCCCACCACUGGAUACCAGCCUGGCUACCCCCUGCCUGUUCCCCCAGCCCAGCCCCAGCCUGUUCCUCCACCGUAUGCGGUGCCACCUCCCAUAACCCCUGUGGCACCUGCAGGUGUGCCGUCCCAGUACCCGCUACGCCCGGCCCCGGCCCCCGCUCACACUCCUGUCCCUGCUCCCGUUCCUGCCCCCGUUCCCUCUGUGGCACGUGCUCCAGCUCCUGCUCCAGAUACUCUGCCCCAGACGCUUCCUCCGGCACACUUUCCUCCUCUGUCUGCUGCAGCACCGCCCAAAGCUGCACCUCCUGCUGCUCCAGCCAACCCACCGCAGAAAAGACGCUUCACAGAGGAAGUUCCAGACGAGAGGGACAGGGGCCUACUUGGAUACCAGCAUGGACCCAUUCAUAUGACUAAUUUAGGUGCAGGCUUCUCAGUGGGCAGCCCAGAGACUGCAGGACCCGCACAACAGAGUCCCUCCGGCCCGGCGAGUGAGAGGGACAGUAGGCAGCUAAUGCCUCCACCACCAUCUCUGCACGUUAACGGAGUGAGACCCAAGAUGGAGGAGAGGAGGGCAUUGCAAGGCCCUGUGGAGCCGUCGGCAAAAAGACUAAAAACGGGCUUGGUGGCAUACACCGGUGACUCGUCUGACGAAGAGGAAGAGCACCCCAUCUCCAAAGCCUCAGGGCCAGGUAACCCUGGGACUGCUCCCCCCACCUCCACCUCAUCAGGCUGGCCACAGGGCUACCGCUGCCUGCCUCCACCACCCCCCCGUGCCAAAACACAGCCCCAACAGCAGACCAUGCCUUUCUGGAUGGCUCCUUAA